CUUAAUCUCCAUGGCCAUAAGGCUUUAUGACAUGACUGGAAUGGACCAGUAACAGGGGAUGCGGAUGGCACCAGGGCAAAGAUUAAUCAGCGGCACAUUAUUUAAAGGCCAGCAUAAGACAAAGUCCCUAAGUUGACUCCGUUUCACUCACAGAAUGAGGCGGCUAUCUUGGAGCUUCGUGAAACCCCUAAUCAUCAUUUGCACACCAUUGGCAUUGCUACCACUGCCACUGGUCAUCAAAACAAAGGAAGCAGAAUGUGCGUACGUCCUGAUAUUAAUGGCUGUGUACUGGAUGACGGAGGUCUUGCCUCUGUCUGUGACGGCACUUCUCCCCGCGCUGCUUUUCCCUCUUUUUGGGCUCAUGAAGUCCUCCCAGGUUGCCUCUGCAUAUUUCAAAGACUUCCACUUGUUGCUUCUUGGGAUCAUCUGUCUAGCAACAGCCAUUGAGAAAUGGGGUCUUCAUCAGAGAAUUGCCCUCAGACUGGUGACUGCGCUUGGAGUCAACCCUGGCAUGUUGAUGCUGGGGUUCAUGGUUGGCUGUGCUUUCCUCUCCAUGUGGUUGAGCAACACCUCAACUGUGGCGAUGGUAAUGCCAAUUGUGGAGGCAGUGAUCCAGAAGGUUUUGAAUGCAAAUGAAGAGGCUAACAAAGACCACAAGGGGGCGUUAAGUGGAAUCUCCAACCCUGCUCUACAGCUUGAAGAUAUUGAGGCCCAGUGUGACCAGUCUGAGAAGAUGAAAAGCAUUGAAGCGGGUAUUACGGAGACAAUUCAGACAGCUCCUGAGGAACCAGACACUGUUAAGGCACCAACUCCACCGUAUAAUGGGAAGUACAGGACCCGUGAAGAUCACAUGAUGUGCAAAGGAUUGUCACUUAGCAUUGCCUACGCUUCAUCAAUUGGAGGGCUGACCACAUUAUCAGGAACAUCCACAAACCUUAUAUUUGCUGAAUACAUCUAUCAGUACUACCCAGAAUGCACCAUCAUUAAUUUUGGAAACUGGUUUGUGCUUUGUCUUCCCAUCUGCAUAAUUAUGCUGAUUUUGUCAUGGAUAUUCCUGCAUUGGAUGUUCCUUGGUUCCAACUUUCGUGCCAGUCUGUGCUCCAGACAGAAAUCCGAAAGGGAAAAAAACACUGCCAAACUGCUUCUGGAUCAGUACAACUCACUGGGGCCCAUAUGCUCCCAGGAGAUUAUCACCCUGGUCAUCUUUAUUCUGAUGGCGAUAUUAUGGUUUACGAGAAACCCGGGUUUCAUGCCAGGCUGGUCAUCACUGUUCUCUGAUCAACCAGGUUACGCUACGGAUGCCACUGUAGCACUGUUGCUGGGUUUCAUGUUCUUCAUCAUCCCUGCACACAAACUAAAAGUAGAUCACUAUGAGGCCUUGAUUACGUGGAAGGACUUCCAGGCCUGUAUGCCAUGGGAGAUCAGUCUGCUCGUGGGUGGCGGUUUUGCUUUGGCUGAAGGAACAAAGAUUUCUGGUUUAUCGUCUUGGUUUGCUGAAUUGCUGACUCCCUUGGGAAGCCUUCCUCCUUUAGCUACUGUCACCAUUGCCUGUCUUAUUGUUACCUCUAUCACAGAGGUGGCCAGCAAUGCUGCCACAACGACAAUCUUUUUGCCAAUACUGGCCUCCUUGGCUGAGGCAAUUGGAGUCAACCCUCUAUUCAUGCUGGUUCCCAUGGCCCUGUGCGUGUCCUUUUCGUUCAUGCUUCCGGUUUCUAAUCCUCCUAAUGCCAUUGUCUUCACAUACGGUCAUCUUACAACCUUGGAUAUGGUAAAGGCAGGGCUGGGUUUAAAUGUUAUAGGCAUUCUUACAGUCCUAUUAGCCCUUACAACAUGGGCACCACCUCUGCUUCAUCUGGACACCUACCCAGACUGGGCACCAGUGGUAAACAGCACUGGAGUAUGACCAUCAAUGUGAAAAUCAUAGAAUUGUGGACAGUUUAGUAAUAGAGUUACACGGGAUCCCUCACAGUUGGCUGAUUUGUUGACUGGGCAACUUUCACAAUCCAAAUGUUUACUUGUUUGGAUCACUUGGGCAACCAGCAUGCCUUUAGAAAUACAACAGACUGAAUGCUCAACAUGUCUUUGCGUAAACAUACACGCCACUUUCAAGUCAAGUGGCGUGUUAUCUAUACGCAUUUUGAGCAAUCCGUGUGUAUGUCCACGCCGAAACGAACCGUCAUCUUUUGCAUGUAUGUCUACGCCGUUAAACGUAUGAGUGAUUCCGCGUGUAUGUACAC